ACUGGCUCAAUGUGGCAUGAGCCUUGUGACCCCUGUCCAGGAGCAGGCCAUCUACAAGUGUCAAAAGCCCUGCUUUAUACUCAGGACUACACCUUCUUCAGCCACCAAAUUGCUCCUGGUGUGCCUUCUUUUGAAAACGUAGCUCUUUUAGUGCCAAGGCUACCUGUGUUUCACGCUUGUUUGCAAAUUCCUCCUGAGAAUAGCAUUUUGUAGUGUUUGAGCUCACUGUAUGUGGGUAGAACAUCAUGUGUAGGUGGAGCUCACCAUGGCACUGAUCCCAACAUCCAUUGCCCCAUCGGCAACUCUGCUGAGGACAUACUAAGCUUCCAAUGUUGUUGGGUUUUGCUAUCACUAUCUGCUGCUGUUUUAACCUCCUAAUUCUCCUUUGAUUUGCCACAGUGGUCUCAAAUACACUGUAUUUCCAGGUAUUAAGAAAACAAAGGACACAGCAGAAAUUAUCAUUUUCCUGCAGAAAUAUGUAUUAGUUUUACUUUCAGUGUUGGUCAAAAGUUUACAAGUUUUAUUUGCUGCAGGUUGUAGCUAGCUGAAAGGGGACUCAGCUGAACUAACCUUUACUUCAACUUGAGAACAAGUGUAAUGCCUGGUUUUCUGUCCUGCUGUUUACUGGUUAUAGCAGUAUGGCUGUAUUUGUUUCUGACCACAAAUGACUGAGGUUCAUGUACAGACAUGGAUUCCAUAAAAGCAUAAUAAAUCCCUCAGUCUUGGUGUUCAGAACUUACUCCCCCACCUUGGUAAAGUUGAUGUAGCAUUGCUUUUAAUUUAAUAAUUCAGUUAUUCAAUGGAUAAAAAAAUAAAUUGAGUCCUUCAGCUUUUAGCUCUCCUGAGUCUUUGUUCUCAUUUGUUGCCUUGGAGCACACCUUGUCUUAAAAUUGCUGUUACUCCUACGUGAACUCUCAGAGCCUUUCAGGGCACAGAAAAGCAAUCUCGGAGCAAAUAAUGGCUGUGGCUGUGAAUGCACUCAGGGAAGGAGAGGGCGCUGGUCGUGCUUGCCCUGCUUCCCAGCAAAUGAACCCCAGGAGAAGCGGGGCCGUGCCCGCUGCCCUGGCAGUGCCUUCCGCAGCCGUGGCAGCAGAAAUGCUGCUGUGCACAAAGGGAGAGAAAUUGUUUUUACUGAGGAAACAGCAGAGAACAAAAAGCUUCCCCCAAAGCCAAACUGCUCCUAUUCUGAGUUCUCAAGACCAGAAGAGAUCUCUCUGUGAAGACAAGAGGCUUAUUUUCAAUUUUUCAGUCCAUUUUGCUGAAAGCAAAGUCUGACAAGUGAAACUGAAUGGAUUCCAAUGAAUGGAGAUAAUUUCAAAUAUUUUAUAUAUUUGUACGAAGACUAUGAACUUCCCAACUCUUCAAUACCCCAUAGGAAGUAUCUUCUUUGUACAUUUAUAUCAAUGCUUUCUUGUUGUCCAUUUUGUUUAACAUAGGAAAGUACUGCUGAAAUAAAACAGAACAAAGCAACUAGCAAUGAAUAUGUGUGUGUACAGGGAUGAUUUUGACCUGAGAAUGGGGAAUAGUGUAAUUUGAAGUUUGAGCAAAAGUAGAAUAAAUACUUCUAAAAAAUUACAUCAUUAUUUGCAAUUAAUUUGGUUUCUUUCUUUUUGAAAAAUGUCAAUGUGUAUAAAUGAGUUUUUAAAUGACUUCACAAAAUGCAGAAUAAGUGAGGAGUGUAACAUCUUUUAUGUCCUGUUGUGAGUUCCUGGUUAUAGAAGAGGAAUCAUGUAUCAUGUGUAAUAAAGGAAAGGAAAAUAUUA